AUGACUUCUUCGCAUCCCGGACAGAGCGUCGAUGGCCGGACCAACCCCAAGGACGUCCACCAUCAGUCCAGAUUGACGCUGUCUCGCUCGCCACAGCCCUACCAUCGAGGAGGUGAAGCUCUACCGCAAGCCCAGGGCCAUGCAGGAUCCAACAAGCACAACCCGGAUCUCGCCAACUUGAAUGCCUACUCUCUGCCUGUCAUCAGCCGGUCGGAGUCGAGUGAGAGCGGGACCGAAGCCGACGACGAGAAGGGCCCUCUACUGAAAGGUCUCCCGGCACCCCCUUUGCGCCUCAGGAAAGGUCUACGAGGCAAUUCCCCUGCAGGACUGACUCCCGCAGCUAGUCCGUUACCCACACCGCCCGCCUUCGUCGACGCACGCGAGUUCCAUUUCUUCGAGCCACGUCCAAGAGCUGCAAAGAAAUCGGCCGAGGCGGGAACACAAGCCAGUGACUUUGAAGCAUACAAAAGGCGGAAGCGGCGAGAGAUUCUUCGACGAUGUACAGAGACUAUACUUCAGUGUGGGAUCGGAACCAUCGUCUGGUCCAGUGCAGGAGGCACGACUGGUCUGGUCGACUGGAUGAAUGAACUCACCGUCUUUCUUCUCUUAGCGCCUUUCGUCUACGUCUGCUACCCGGUUCAACUCACUCUGCGAGCUCGAGCUACCGGCAAGACCUGGAUACAGUCGUUCCGUCAGGGAUUCCAUGUUCCAUCGCGCUUCGAUCCUGGGCCUCUACUUUACCCUGUGGUUCUGCCGGUCUUGAUCGCGAUCUCGCUGUUCCAGCGAAGUAUCGCGUUUCUUCCAGCAGCAAUUGUGUGCGGUCUUUCGUCGAUUCCCCCUGUCAUCACAGCCACACCAAAGGUUCCGGUCAUCGGCGAGCAUAUACACUGGUGUCUAUCGAUACUCCCACUAAAUGCCUCGACAUUACGCAUGUUCUAUGCUGCCCACUCGAAACCACUUUCAUUGAAACUCGGCCAGGGAUGUCUCCUCACACGAGAGGAGUUGGUCAUGGUUUUCCCACUUCAUCAGGCGCUCAUGACCGUAUUGGGCUACCUCACGACGUCGAGUCUAGACAUCUCGGAGCUGCAGCUGCUCUCUUCCGCGCUGAUCAACCUCUUCCUCUUCGCUCAGACUCCUCAAGCCGAAAUUCUCAAGAGUAUGAUCUGGCUGGGAGGACUGUGUAUUUUCGUCUUCUGCAAGAACAUUCUAAUCUGGGAGGUUACCCUCGCAAGGAUCCCUACUUGGAAACUGCUCCGCAAGCGACCCAAGGGAGGCCUUGUUUCGCAAGUUGAUCAGGCCAUAUGCCAGUUCCUCAUCCGGCGGAGGACUCAACGUAUGCGGCGAUUCUCUUCCGCCAGCGAUGACAGUGACGAGGAUGCCCUGAGCCCUUUCAGGAAGACCCGGCGACGCCCAAAAUUCUCUUUGAAUGGAAGAGCUUGCACCGCAGGUCCUGGUCCACAACAUGUAACACCCUCGACUUCGUUAGCUGGGGAGGAGGCCCUACUGGAUCCGUCGAUCUCAUCUAAUAUACCACGCCGCCGAACUUUUACAGCAUUCGAAAGCGGAGGCGACAAAAGCCAGACUCACGGCACGAGAAAGCCCAAGCCAAACCCCAACGGGCCAUCGGCGCCUUUCUUGACACUCAGCGUGGAGCAAGCACGUGUCCGCAAAUAUGUGUACGCCGGCCUCGCAUACCUCAUUGUCUUUGCCACUAUAUUAGGCCCGGUCCGGCUUUAUAUCAGCCAAAGGGCACUGUCUGGACACGAGCCCUUUGGUUGGGCUUUGGGCUACCUCUUUGGGGAAGUGCCCUCGUUUCGCUUCUGGGUCGUCAGCAAUAACCUGGACUCGUGGAUCUGUCUUCCAUCCCGCGAUGCUAGCGGAGUGUCAAUCGCUCCGUUCGGUACCAUCGAGAGCGUGCGCCAAUACGUUCUUGGUCCUGCCACCACACGCCUGCUUCUCUGCGCAUACUGCGGUGCGAUCUUACUCACUGGCAUCGGUGCGGUCCUCCGCCUCACGUCAGUAGUCGAGGUCGACACAAGGCGAAAGGUUUUCCACGGCAUAAUGGUCGCCAUGCUUCUGCCGACCAUUUUCGUGGACCCAUGUUUCAUUGCAUUGGCUCUCAGCCUGGUGCUGGCCGUUUUCCUCUUGCUCGAUCUCUUCAGGGCGUCGCAACUACCGCCCAUCUCAAAACCAUUGACUACGUUUCUGGCGCCCUACGUGGAUGGAAGAGAUCACCGUGGGCCAAUUAUCGUGUCGCAUAUCUUCCUUCUGAUCGGAUGUGCGAUCCCGCUCUGGCUGUCUCUUGCUGCUGUUCCUCGCACUGGCCAGGCGCCCUGGAUUGGCUGGGAUACUGCCGUACGAGAGUUGAGCAUGGUGAGCGGCGUCAUUUGCGUAGGCAUGGGGGAUGCAGCAGCUAGCUUGAUCGGGCGGCGUUAUGGAAAGACAAAAUGGUGCUGGGCCGGCGGAAAGAGUUUAGAAGGCAGCCUUGCUUUUGCAAUCGCGGUCACCUGUGGUCUCUAUGUCUCGUGGGUCUGGCUUAGAUUAGGUGGAUGGGCGCCGUGGCCGGCCGGGUCUUUUUCAAGUUAUCGAACACUAGCGAGGUGUUGGAUCGCGGGGAUGGGGGCUAGUCUGAUGGAGAGUACCUUGACUGCAGCGAACGACAAUGUGGUGGUGCCGAUUGGGUUGUGGUUGUUAGUCCGGGGGCUAGACAUAUAA